UUUUGUGUACCUAGUUGUUAUUUAAUUCUUGACUAUUCUCAAUUACAAACGACCCCUUAGAAUUCUUAUGUGGAUAUCUUGAUUGUGUACAUGCAGUCAGUAAGUGAUCUUCACAAGAAGCGUAUGGAUAUGAUACGAAACAAAUACAAUCAAUCGGAAAGAUAUCAGACAAGGGAUUGGUAACCCAGUUGGCGCUAACCACCUUCAGAGACCUUCCCUCAGUUCAGAGCAGUUGAUUUCACAACCAACUGGUUCGCAAAUGUUGCAGCAAAUGACACGAUACUAAUCAAUAUACCUCGUUAUAUCAUACUUUUUUUGGUCUUCUUGUUGAUUGAACCAAGGCCUGUACCUCGCGGCUCUUUGGGAUAAAACUCUUGGGCUCAGAUUUUUGCUUCAGAAAACAAUCUAAAGUUCAAAUAGAUCAUCUCAGGAGGUGCUUCUUCAAUAACUUUUUUAGAUGCCUCACGCUCUUUCAGCAUCCAGGUGAAGUUAGUGUAGGUCUUGAGAAUAAGCAUGCCCAAGCACUUAAAGAUCGAUUCAUUCAAAUGGGCGAGAAGCAGUUCCUUAUUUGUCCAUGGAAUAACAAUGAAUAUUGGAUGUUAUUGCUAUUUCAACCUCACUCACAUUCAGUGGCGUUCUUGGAUCCCAUUAACCUUCAAUUACGUUGAGAUUAAAAAUAUAGUUAGGCUUGCUUUCACGCUAUAUGAUACGGAAAAAGGAAAAAGAGUUGUAAGUCUAAAGUAUUAUAGUCCAAAAUGCCGACAACAACCAAAAACCACAGAGUGCGGUAUCUACUGUAUGAAGUAUGCUAGGGAUCUCAUUUCACAACAAAGAACCAGAGCAUAUCUAUCGAAUAAUUUCAAUUCAGAUUUACCAUAUACUAAUGCUGAACUUAAUGAAGUUCAAGAAGAGUGGGCAACAUAUAUUCUACCGCAUCUCGCUAAAUGAUGGCUUGCAUACUUAGUACCUAUGUAAGGGGAUUUAGUCAUUUUUUGAACUUUGUAUUUUUUUUAUUAAAAAUUGUUAGAACUAAUCAAAUACAAAAUCAAUCUAAUAAAUAAUAAGUUGAGUUAAUUUAGCU